AUGUCUCGGGAUCUUAACAUCACAGUUGCCGUACGAUGUCGUGGUCGAAAUCAGCGUGAAGUGGCUCAAAAGAGUAGUAUAGUAGUGACUGUACCAACUGUCUCAGGAGCAAACGAAGUCAUCAUUAAUACUACAGGUGACGUCGGAAUAGCAGCUCAAUUAAAUAGUAAACGAUAUACUGUAGAUAAAGUAUUUGGACCGAGUGCUAGUCAGGCCUUAUUGUUUGCAGAAGUGGCACAACCUUUAUUCCAUGAAUUUAUACAAGGUUAUAAUUGUACAAUGCUAGUCUAUGGGAUGACCUCUACAGGGAAAACUUAUACAAUGACUGGUGAUGAACAAUUGGAUGGUAAUGAUUCCCUAAGAGAAAAUGCGGGCAUUAUACCGAGAAUUAUGUUCCAAUUGUUUGAUACUUUAAAAGAACAAAAUUUGGAUCAUAUUGUUAAAUGUUCCUUUAUUGAAUUAUAUAAUGAAGAAUUAAAAGAUUUGUUAGAUAAUGAUGGGAAUGAACAAUAUAAAAAAUUAAGAAUCUUCGAUUCAACACCUGAUAGUAGAAAUAAUUCGCCAAAACUAAGUCAAAGAAAUAAUGCUAAAAAAUAUAAUUAUAAAUUAAGACGAACUUCAAUGCAACCAUCAACAUCUACCACUACUGGUACUUCGAAUUCUCCUCAGCCCUCACCUGGACCAAAUGAUAACAAUACAAUUUAUAUCCAGAAUUUACAAGAAUUUCAUAUUACAUCAGCAAAUGAAGGUUUAGCUCUCUUGCAGAAAGGUUUAAAUCAUAGGCAAGUCGCGACAACAAAGAUGAACGAUUUUUCAAGUCGAUCGCAUACUAUAUUUACCAUCACUCUAUAUAAACAACAUCAGGGUGAAUUGUUUCGUCUCUCGAAGAUGAACCUAGUAGAUUUAGCUGGUUCGGAAAAUAUUAGUCGUUCUGGUGCUUUAAAUCAAAGAGCUAAAGAAGCAGGUUCCAUAAAUCAAAGUUUAUUGACUUUAGGAAGAGUAAUUAACGCUCUUGCAGAUAAGAGUUCGCAUGUACCGUUUCGUGAAUCUAAAUUAACUCGUUUAUUGCAGGAUUCUCUUGGUGGUAAUACGAAGACAGCCUUAAUAGCUACAAUUUCUCCAGCGAAAGUUACAUCAGAUGAAACAUGUAGUACAUUAGAGUAUGCUUCAAAAGCUAAAAAUAUUAAAAAUAAACCUCAAUUAGGUUCUUUCGUUAUGAAGGAUAUCCUCUUGAAAAAUGUCACCACAGAAUUAGCAAAAUUGAAAAAUGAUCUUUUAUCCACGAAGGCAAAGGAUGGUAUAUUUAUGUCUCAAGAACAUUAUAAAGAAAUGAAUCAUGAUAUGGAAAAUUAUAAGACUGAAUUAGAUGAAGCAAAGAGGUUGGUUAAAUCAUUAAAUGAAAAAGUUAAUGGACUUACUGAAGAAAAACAAAGAUUGACCAAAUCUUUAGAUUUGCAAAAUAUCAAGACAGAUUCACUUAAUAACUCAAUAAAUGAUUUACAAAAGAAGAUUAUGAUAUCAUCAGAAACCGAAAGACAAUUAAGCAACCAGAUAGUCCAAUUAGAUGAAACGACAACAUCAUUGAAGGACGAUAUUAAGACAUUCAAACAAAAGGAAUUAUCUAUUGAUUCUAAAUUCAAAUUGAUUCUAAAUGAUCAACUAAAGAUACUAAAAGAGAAAUUUUUGAAUCAAUUACACGAAUUACAAGCUUAUGAUGAUGAAUCCUUUGAAGUUCAACCACAUAUUGAUGAUUUACAAAAAGAAAUCUCUUCUUCUUUGACCAUAUUAGAGACAAAUAUUAGAGACUCUUAUCAAUCUUGUAUUGGAGAAUUUUUAAAAGAAACUCCUGAAUUGUUUAAAGAGAUUGAAGGUAAUGUGACGAACAUAAAUUCAUUGUCUAUACAUUUUUACAAACAAAUUUCAGAAAAUUUAUCAGAUAUUUCUGAAGAAUAUAAUAACCUAAAACAAUAUCUAAAUGAUAGACUAUUUCAAAAUAACCAUGAAGAGAGACUUGGAAAUUAUGUUAAUAAAACGACCGAACUAAUGGAACAAUCUUCAUCUAAUUUGAUGGAAAAUGUUAAGGAAAUGGUAGAAAAUUAUUUAAUUUCCAAUAAACAAUUACUAGUCGAUUCUAUGCAAAGGAGCACGAAUGAUAUUAUUGAGCAAGAAAUGAAGUUAUUGAAGCCACGACAACAAAAAUGGGAAUCUUCCAUUGAAUUAAUUAAUAAAUGUGAUUCUCUAAGUAACACUUAUUUCAAUAAUAUGAACAAUACCCUGCAUUCUACUAAGAGUAAUAUAAAUGUUUCCAAUGAAAAGAUAAAGGAAUCUGUAAUUAAAAUAAACGACAGGUUUAGUGAUCAAGAACGGAAUGAAAGGCGCAAUAUUAUCACCGAAAACACAACUAUUAAUGAUAAUAUAAAACAGAUAGUGACAAAGACCAGUACACUAAAAUCUCGUUUUGAUGAGACACAUAUUUUGGCAAAACAUUCCAUAAAUGAAAUUAAUGGGUUAGAUAAAUCAAUAAGGACAAUACUACAUGAUAUAGAACCAGAGACGACAACCAGGGUUGUGGAACAAAAUAUAUUCUUAAAGGACAAUUCAACAAAGAUGGACUCGGGUUCUAAGAGCCCCCUCAAAGUUUCAUCAAAUAACCUCGAUUUUAGUGAGGUUGAAUCUAAUAAUAAUAACACGAAAAAAAGAAGGCUUUCCAGGAAUAAUAUAGAUGGAUAUAUCAAAUUACAAAAGUAG